ACGGCUGUGAAUAUUCCUCCCGUUGUCUUUUCACGAUAACUGGCCGAGGCGUAUGGACCGAAUGUCCAUUUUCCUUUGAAAUACGUAAUUGUGUUACUCUAUGUGUUUCGGGACCUCUAUGGGAAAAACGGACUGAUCAGAGCAGGAUGCAGCAAGGGAGACUGCGAUUGCGACCCUGGCUAGAAGAGCAGAUCAGGUCCAACAAGUACCCGGGGCUUCAGUGGGUCGAUGAGUCCACUGGCACCUUUCAGAUUCCCUGGAAACAUGCAGCUCGCCAUGGAUGGAGUAUUGACAAAGAUGCAUCACUUUUCAGAAGCUGGGCACUGCACACAGGAAAAUAUAAACCAGGAAUUGAUAAGCCAGAUCCAAAGACUUGGAAAGCCAACUUCCGAUGUGCUCUCAAUUCCCUGCCAGAUGUAAAGGAACUUCACGACAGAAGCAUUAAGAAAGGCAACAAUGCCUACAGGGUCUAUGUAAUGUUGCCCAUACACAAAAGCCAGAGAAGGAGAAAAGGCGUGAAGGAAGAAAGGCAAACCGAAGUAAAACAUGAAGACAUGAACAUGAACUAUGAAGCAGUUCUUCCUAAGACAGAAAGCUGGUGUGCGUUGGAAGGAUUUAACGUUGCUUUCUCCAAAUACUCACUUGCCAAGAACAAUUCUUCUGCAUGGAAUAGCAGGUCCAACAGCGGCCAAAACCUGAUGAAGAGCACACCCUUUGCUGGCCAGAGUGCUUUCUCCUGCCUACCAGAUAAACAUGAAGAAGACAUCACUAAUCAGGAUGAACACGCUCAAGCCAUUUUGCAGAUAGUAGAUCACCUGUCCGGUGUGGAUCACUGGAAUGAAUCAUAUGGCAGCCAUAAGAUGUCCAGGUCCUGUGUGUCUGCUCCAUGGAUACAUCUUUACAAUGAAGGGCUUGAGCACAAUGAACACCCACCCUUUGUAGACCACAGCUUGGAAAAUGAGCAGCAAGGACCCGUCUUUUCUGAUUUUAUAUGUUCACAUUUAACCAUGAUCCCCAGCUAGUGAGGGGGGUGCCAGGAACUGAUGGACAGAGCAUCAGUCAGCAGUCACAUGAAACUGGGACAAUAGUGAAGGUGCUCUUACUGGUCUAAGAAGAAGGACUAGGCCAUUUCACCAGGUGCCACUGAGGUACCACAGUGCAAGUGUCACUCGCAACAUCAGCAGAAUAAAGUGAAGUGUGUCCAUUCAAGGGGCCAGUGCCGGCAGAGAAAAGGAAGACAGCAGAUGCCUUCACCUGCUUUGUUAUAUUGUUACUUUAUUUUCUGAUAGUAUACAUCAUGGAAAAACAUUAUAAAAAAAUUUUUUAUUAGAAGCAUAUGUGGAAUAUACCCAUCUCUACUUGUCUAAUUAUAAUUUAGUCCUUCUGACCAGCAGUUCAUUUAGCAAGCUGCUGGUUUGGGGAUGUUCACCGUGAGGCCCACUUUGGCCUGAACUUUUCUGUUAACAAGUUGGAUCCCAGCCAAAGGCUCAAGAAGGUGGCAUCUCAGUUUAGGUAGAUGAGAUGCUCCAGCACAUGAGAAGAUGGGUUUACACUUCUUCUGUACAACUUGCCAGUGUGCCUCUGUGAUUCGUUUUCAAUACGUUUCUCAUCAGCUUCCGCCAACUGACCUCAAGUGUAAGCUUAGCAAUUUAGUUAGAAGAAUUCCACCAGACUUCAUUUUGGUCAAUGCCCUAUACAUUUUGAAAAGUGUACGAGAAGAUUUCCAAGAAUGUAAGCUUGCCUUUUGGCUCCAUGGGAGUUAUAUUUCUUCUGUAUAGCCGCUCUUUUGACUGCGGUACUUUUUAUUUUUCCAUUGGCACUUCCUUAACUAAUUCUGUUUGUUUUACAUUAAUGUGAAGAAUUUUGUAAAAGGUUUGAAUUCUGCUUCUGGUCAUUGUUCGUGUAGAAUCUCCCCGUCUCUGAGUGGUGUUUCUUCACAAAUCAUCAAAGAUGUGUUUUAGAAUCAGGGGUCGCCAAGUCCGGUCCUGGAGGACCACCGUGGCUGCAAGUUUUCAUUCUAACCCUUUUCUUAAUGAGUGCCCUGUUUGCACUGGCAUCCCGCUGACCUUAUACUGAGAAUUGCCAAUCAUGGAGAAGAAACAAAAAUUAUGGUGGAUUUAUCUUCUUUAAGGGACUGUGAAAAAUAGGAAAAUGCAAAGUAUUGUCUUUUAUAGGGACUGGGCUCACUGAAUUAAGACUUUGAACAAAACUAUUUUGUAUAGUCUGUGCCAAACGGAAGCUCACAUACCAAGGGAUUAAAACAAACAAAUCAAUAAAUGCCUUUCUUUUAUUUUGAUAAGAAUUCCAACACAGUGGAUGUCCAGGUAGAACAUUUUCAUGAUACCCAACUGACGCAGACAAUGGCGGAAGAGUUUACUACAGGAUUAUGGCAUGAGAGGAUAGUGCUGGGUGCUGACAAGACCUUCAGCCACUUGCAUGAAGUCAGUCAGUCAGUCAAUUUCUAACCUGCUCAGUCGUGAAGAGGGUCGCGGGUGGUCUGCUGGAGCCUAUCCCAGCUAGCAUAGGCUGCAAGACCGGAACAAACCCUGGACAGGGUGCCAGUCCAUCACAGGGUAAACAUACACACAAACUACGGCCAAUUCAGGAUCACUAAGCCAGCACAUCUUUGGACGCAGACACAGGGAGGACACAAAGCCAGGUCUCCUUCCUGGGAGGCAGCAGCGCUGUGCCACUGUUCCUCCCCACUUACUUUAAUCUGAAUGUAUUUGCUGCUUUAAUGUUGUACACUACUACAAUAUCCUUUCAUGUUCAUCGUGGUGUGACAACAUGUUGCAUGUUGGUUGGACAUGCAAGUAAGAAUUUCACUGUACUCUGUAACUGUGACAAUCUGACUAAUUCUGGUUUGAAUACUACAGUCCAUAUCAUGUGGUGUUAGAAUACUGGAGGGUAAUGCCAGUCUGAAUAUAACUGUCAUACCUGGUUGCAGGAAAAAAAUACCUCAUCUCAUCUUCCCAUUUGCUUUUCUUGGUGAGGUUUGCUGUGAAGAAGACAUCCUACCAAUCUCACUGCUGCUUAAUGGGGUCACAGAGAUCUGUAGCAGUGUGCCAGGUUGUCACAGGGCCCAUUCACCCGCACAGCCUCGCAGGGGAUCACCUCUAUAAGGUGGAAACAUCAAACUCCACAAGGGUAAUGUCCGGGUGUGGGGUUUGAACAUAGGAUGUUGGUUUUGGAAAUCACUGUGCCCCCCUUGUAAUGCCCAGGUUGCCCACAGCCUUGGCACCUUCUUUAACCUGGGUCAUUAAUAGUCACGACCAGGGUGAACCAGGGUAAGGAGGAUACAAAACAACGAGAUUGGUGCAACAAAGUUCACAGGGUAGUGCCUUUCCUAUCCUAUCUAUCUAUCUAUCUAUCUAUCUAUCUAUCUAUCUAUCUAUCUAUCUAUC